AUGGCACCGUGUUGUGCUGGAGCGGCGCCGCGAGGCCGGCAUUGCGUUCGCCUCGCGACAGGAAGCCUGCCGCUGGAGGGGGGCGUGGCGGAGGAACCGGAGGCAGACUGGUUACAGGCGCUUCGAGUGGCUUUGACGCCGGACGGCAGCGGGAAGCGCUCCUCGGAGCACUAUGGGCUGGCGGAACACUCCAAUGCGCAACGGUCAACCAUGUCUGCAUCCGAGUGCAACUCCCGCCUGAUCAGCGCGGACCUCGAGUACAAGUUGGCCGGCCUGGUGAGCGCUCGGCUGCGCGCCGAGCGGCGGCGCCGGCCGAAGCUCAACCUGCGCUUCAAGCUGGCGUCCAACUUCGCGGAGCGCGACCCGGUGAGCGAGCUGGCCCUCACCGUCAAGUGGCUGGAGGACGGCAAACGCCGCCGCCUCACCUACUUCGUCCAACUCAAACCCACCUCCUCCACCACCAAGCCAGUCACCGUCCGCGAGCUGCAAGCCGAAGACGGCAACUUCAGCCUGGUCAAAUGCUACCAGCAGUAUAAAAACCUACGCGCGCAGAUGCAGGCCGCCCACAACGGGUCUGUGAAACGCAAACGCUUCUGCAGCUCGUUACUGGACGACUGCAGGUUCGUCAUCUUCUCCAGCCGGGAGGUGUUUCGCGGCCGCCUGAGUUCCAAGGCCUCCUCCGCCUUGUUGUUUCCGUUCGAAGACGUCUUCUCCACCGGGGUGGGAGAAGUGUUUUCGUUCGGCGAACGGGACGAGGAGGUGUGGAGCUUGUUGGACGGGGAGGACAAGGCAAUUUUCCGCAAGGAGUUUCUCCCGAGGCUGCGCAUCUUCUGCGGGCAAGCGCCGGCGUCAGCGCUGGACCCGCUGCUGACCAAGGCGCUGGCGGACGCCGUCGGCAGCCCUUUGCCGCGGGAGCAGGCCGUGGUCGAGCGCCUCAACACCGCGUUGCGCCUGUGGUGGCAGCGAGCGGACGGUCGCGCGCUGUCCGAAUGCAGCCACGAGAUCGACGAGGCGUUGAGGGAAGACAUCAUGGCCACCGCGGACACCAGACGGUUCGACUUCCACGAGCAGAGUUGUCACGAGUUGAGUGAAGUGUUGAGGGUGAACAGAUGUGUUUACUUGACGGUACCCGGCGUGUCGUGCAACGUGCGUUGUUCCAAAAUUAGGAAAGUUUUGGAAGAAAAUUUGAAACUUAUUUCUAAGUUCUCAAGACGUUUUAUCAUCCUAUCGGAAUCAACUUUCCAUGAGUAUCAUCAUGAAGUUUUAGAAUCUCUGUGCGCGGACUUCUGUGGUGUUUUAGUAGUAGACUUAGACAAUUAUUCUGAUAAGAUACUAAACUUUUUACUCCGUGUUAUCGAUGAAGUCCAAAAAUUGGUGGUACUGUCGUCUUCAUUCAUCCCUAAAAUCCAAAACUUCUUCCGGAAGCACGGACGGUUGUACAAAGAAUACGAAGACACUUGGACUUUGGAGCAGUUAUCCGCAACCCAGCAAGAGCAGCUGUUGCGACGACGAGUGGUGUUCCAGGGUUACGAGAUGUCGCUAGGUGAGCUGGAGGGAGCGUGGCCAUCAUUGAGGGCGGUGGUGGGGGGAGCAACUCUCGAGGCGUUAGAAGGAAGUCGACAGGUUAUGCUCGGCGCGCCGCUUCCGUCCGAACACCCAAACUACGUUCCACGGAAGUUACAGCAUCGCUCGCAGCUCCGUGGAGAUGUGUUUGACCAUCGAGAUGGCCGCGAUUACUUCCUCCUCACGGGCUUCCCGGAAGGUGUCUUGCAACGGCUGCGUUCUCCGACCUCCGGGUGGGAGGAGCGGGAACUCAUGGAAGUUGGUACAACUGAGGAGCAACCUACGCCUUCUAAGAUAAUGCCUAGGCAGGGUUCGAUUGGUAAAACUAAAUGGUGCGUGUGGGAAAAAGUUUCGCCGCCUGAUAGACUGGCCGAGAAGUUGCGAGAAAACGUACACUGGUUGGCAUUCGAAGGGUCUACCAUAAUCUGGAAGCACACAUAUGGCGACAGCCAAGUACUAGGAAAGUAUGUUGAUAGACAAAGUUUAAACUGCCAGAACACCUACGUAUGCAGUCAUAAUGACAUGGACGAUUUUUUAAAUUGGAAUAACCCAACUAUUUUGCUAGCAGGUGACGUUGGUAUCGGGAAAUCUGCUUUCAUGAUUCGAAUGGCAAACAGAAUAAAACAGGGUAGAAAAACGCACUGGGUAGUUCUAUUGACAAUUAACCAAGGACAGGUGCUUGAGAGUUUACCAAGCCACAUCAAACUAGACGACGUAGUGUAUUUACUUGAAAAGUCAACGCAAAAUGAAGACUGCACGCAAAACAAAUUGACCAGACAUUUUCUGAAGGACUGUUUAGAAAAAUCUGGAAGCAUCGCAGUUCUGGUAGACGUGGUCGCUGAAAUCUGCCCGAUGCACAUGGCAAAAGUGCAGCGCAUACUUACGCUGAUUCAAGAAUCCCGCGGUCAAUACUUGUGCGUCGCAGCCACAACAUCAUCUGAUUCUGCUCUUAAGAAUGUGCUUAAGUGUUCUCCAUCAACCCUACAACCAUUCUCUUCAGAGAACCAACAACGGUAUCUCCUUGCGCAGUGGAGCGAAGGCAUGAACACAAUAGAACGAGCUAAUUUACAAAAGGGAGUGCAGAAACUCGUCGAAAUAGUCGGCGAAGUAACGGAUUACGAAGGACGCAGGAUCUGUGAAGUGCCUCUCUACACACGUAUGCUAGCUGUUGCCUACAACGGAGAGGAACGUACGACUUUACUACGGAACUGCGAGGCAGGUGUCGACCUAAAAAUGAGUGCCCUAACUUUGUACAGAAAAUUUGUACAAGAAGCUCGUAAAUCAUUUCGCCGCAAGAGAAAAAUGGACGAGAAAACAUCAACUUUACAAAAAGAAGACUUCAUCAACAAACUUAAGUCGUAUGCGGCGUAUUUAUGCUUCAGUGAUCGUAAGCUUUUGGGGGAAUUCUACGAAGAGUGCAAGAAGGCCGGUUGCGAGUUGAAGACGUUGGAAUUCGACGCGUCGGCGGGCCUGUUGAGGAAGCGCGCGACCGGGCACGUGGGGUUCAUGCACCACACGUUCCGCGAAUACUUCGCGGCGCUGUGGUGCGCCGACCGCUUCCAGCAGCUGCCGCACCUCGUGCGCGUGCUGUACACGCCUCGCGGCGCACGCGUUCGCGGCUUCUUCGACGCGCUGCUGGCGGAGGGCCACGCGCUGCACGAGGCGGCGCUGAGCGGGCGUUGCGGCGCCGUGGAGGCGGCGCUGGCGCACGGCCACCAAGUGGAACGGAGACGGACCGGCGGCGGGCGGCGGGCGCUGCACUGGCCGGCCGCCUACAGGCCGCCCGCCCGCCGUGCACGCGCUGCUGGCGGCCGCCGCGUCGAGGCGCGCGCGACCACGUGCGCCGCCGCACGCCGCGCUGCAGUCACGCCGACGAACGCUGCGGCUGGGCGCGGCCGAGCGCGCUUGCUGGAGGCCGGGGCGGACCGAGGGAUUUGGUGGCCAUUCCCCGGGCGUUCGCCGCGGGGGGCGUCACCUACGCGACCUGGUGGCCGGGACAUGGUGCGCACGGAUGGGCGUGCUCACGCACCCCGAGCGCCGCUGCCCACCGCCGUGAACCGCCAGCGUCCGCCCGAGCCGCCCGCCGGGAGAUGUGGGAGGAGGCGGCGCGCGGUGGCCGGCAGCGUGCCACGUGGCCGAGAUCCUCAUGAGCUCGGGGGUGGACAUGCACCGGAAGACCGCGUCCGGGAUGACGGCGCUGCACAUCACCGCCUUUCCGGCAACGAGGACUUCACGCGCCUGCUCCUGCGGCACGGGGCGCACUUGAACGAGGUGGAGCCGGCGGGGAGACCGCCCUGCACAAGGCGGUGCGCUGCGGGCACGCCUCCUCUGCCGGCAGCUGCUAGCCUUCGACGCUGA